AUAGAAAUAGUUUCUCUAUUUUUUAAUAUAUAUUAUUUUUAUUUUUUUAAAAUAAUAUUCUACUAACUUAUGAUCCUUACAAUAUACCCCUUACUUUCUUCUCUCUCUUCAAACUUAUACCUCAUUAGUCAUUACCUAUUUUUUUUUUUAAUAAAUUUAACUAAUCUUUCUUAAACUCCGUAAAGAAUAUAAAGGAAUAAAAAAGCAAGACUACUAUUGAAAAUUUCCCUCAAAUAAUUUUAGACUAAUUGUGUCAAAAAAAAAAAAAAAAAAAAAUUAGACUUAAAAGAAUUUGACGACCAACCGACCCACCACUAACCGAACAACAAUUAUUCACAUAAACACAAAAUAGUGAAAUAAGGCAUAUUCGAAUAAUAAUUCAAUCAAAUGUUAUCCAUAAUUAUUUUUUACUUCGUACGAUAUGAUGUUGACCUUUAACCCAUCAACUAUCAGAGCCUGACGUGUUGCCACGUGUCGUCAUAGUGGGUCCCAUCUUCUUCUCCUUUCUGCCAAUCCAUUUCUUUACCAGUUUUUUUUUCCCUCUGCCCCUUGAAUUCGACUUCUAUCUCCUUUUCUUUCCCAACAAGAAAGUUUUUCAAAUUAAACUUCAAUUCAUUUCAAGUUAAUUGUUAAACAUUGAAUUUCUUCCAUUUUAUUCACUAUUCCAGAUCUAGUGUAUUAUGAGCUUCCAUAAUCUGGGUUUUUUACCAGUUAUUGAAGUGUAAAUAUUUCUGGGUUCAUUCCAAAUUUGUUCAAAUUGCUCUAAAUUUGGAAUAUUUGGUGAAGUAUUUCGUGGGGUUGUAUCAAAUACACUGAGAUUGCAUCUGGGUAUGAUUCUGCAUUGUUAUUAUAGGAUAAGCUUUUCUUGGUUCAAUCCAAAUUGAUUAGUGUAGGUCAUAGUUGAUAUUCUUGGGUGAAUCAUGAUAAUAACAUGGUCAUUAUUAUUAUUUUUAUUAUAAUUUAGGAUAAGAUCGAAGGGUUCAAUACAAAUCAAUCGCCCAAUUUGUGUAAAAAAUUGGAUUUCUGGGUGGUUUUUUUUUUUUUUUUUUCCUGAGAAUUGUUUGAAAAAUGGUGGCAGUGAAAGUGAAACUGGGUAUGUUACACUAUGUAUUAGACCAUGUAUAUGGUGCAUUUGUGCACAGAACAAGAAUAAGCCCACUAUUUUUUUCAAGAGGUUGGGGUGGAACCAAACUUGAAUUGCUAGAAAGGCUAAUUAAGCAACUUUUCCCAGAAAUUGAAGGCCAGAAUUGGCCGCCUCAGUUGAUUCAACCAAGUUGGAAAACUGUUUGGGAGACGAAAACUGCUUGUUUGAGAGAAGGGGUUUUUAGAACUCCUUGUGAUGAACAGCUUUUGAGUGCAUUGCCCCCUGAAAGUCAUGUUGCUAGGGUUGCUUUUCUCACUCCUAAGUCGUUUGAUCCGGAGAAGAUGGCCUGUGUGGUUCAUCUUGCAGGCACUGGGGACCACACUUUUGAACGGAGGUUGCGUUUAGGUGGACCGUUGCUAAAGGAAAAUAUAGCAACUAUGGUUCUUGAGAGCCCUUUCUAUGGACAGAGGCGUCCCAUGCUUCAAUAUGGCUCAAAACUUCGUUGUGUAAGUGAUUUGUUGCUAUUAGGAAGAGCAACUAUAGAUGAAGCUCGGUCUCUUUUACACUGGUUAGAUGAGGAAGGGUUUGGCAAGCUUGGUAUAUGUGGGCUUAGCAUGGGUGGAGUGCAUGCUGCAAUGGUUGGAUCUUUGCACCCUACGCCAAUAGCGACCCUUCCAUUCCUCUCCCCUCAUUCUGCUGUUGUAGCAUUUUGUGAAGGUGUUCUGAAGCAUGCAACUGCAUGGGAUGCAUUGCGAGCUGAACUUGAAGUACAACAGGAUUCAUUGACUCAAGAAGAUGUCAGACAGAGGAUGAGAGAAGUGCUGUCUCUCACAGAUGUUACCCGCUUUCCAAUUCCCAAAAAUCCUAAUUCAGUUAUAUUUGUUGCUGCUACUGAUGAUGGGUAUAUACCAAAUCACUCAGUGUUGGAGCUUCAGAAAGCUUGGCCAGGAUCAGAAGUGAGGUGGGUUAAUGGCGGGCAUGUAUCAUCUUUCAUUCUUCAUAAUGGUGAGUUUCGCAGGGCGAUUGUUGAUGGACUUGACAGAUUAAAGUGGAAGGAAUCUCCCUUGUGACAAAUACAAUAGCAAUUAUUAUGUUCAAAGUAACAGAUCUGUAAACUGUAAAUUUUAUUCUUUCUGAUUUUCUAUUUUUUUUUUCUCUAUUUGAAUGGAAAAAAAUAGGGAGAACCCUUUCAUAAAGAAAAAAAUUAGGGUAUCCACUUUACAUGUCCUAAGUUAAUUUUUUCCCCCCUUUAGUCAUUGCUGCUUUACCAGAGGGGAUGUGCACGAACUGGUAACUGAACUGUAUCAUUUGAUCAGUUGGUUUAAACUGAGCAUAAUGGCCUUCCUUUCAGUUGAAUUUUCCCUA